UUGCCCAAAUGAAAUCACCAUUUAAAAAUAAAAUUCGAAUCAUCUCCUUCUUCCUCUCCUCUCCCUUUCUCCAUAGAUUUAACUUAGACAACGUUCAUGGCUACACAACCAACCUCUUUCGCAGGCAAACGUCGGCCAGCAGCAGCAAUCCAAGCAAAGAAAGACAGAUACCAAGCCAAGUCUUCAACUCAACCAGCACCAUCAACCAGGCCUAAACGCGCUUUUGGCGUUGUUCGAAACAAUAAUAUUCUCAUUGAGAAACCGAUCACAAAACCCUUACCGACACAACCCAGAAAGCCAUUAAAGCCUUCAGAAAUAACUGAAACUGAUAUUAAGAAAGAAACCGACCAAGAAGCAGAUAACAUUAUCAGCAAAGAGAAGAGUUUACAGGAUGAAGGAGUCCACACCCCUGCGACCUCUUUAAUCAAAAUUGCGUCUGCAGGAACACCGUAUUUGACUGCUGAGACCUGCAGCAAGUGCAGGUUUGAUAAGCUUGAGAGUUCUGCAUAUUGGCUUGCUCAGGUUAAAAUUGCAGAGUCUACAGGGAAGCACUUUGUUUCUGCUGCUUUUUUCCGUCUUGCAUUGGAGUGCCAUUCUCAGCCAUUUCACAGUCUCCAAAAAGAGCUCAAGCAUUAUGUGGCACGACACAAGUCUAUUUCUUCAGAAACACUGUGGAAUGAUCUCUGCAAAGCUUAUGGAUUAUCAAGUGAUGAAGCAUAUGAUGAUCCUCUUGAUCUGGAGAAACUUGAUGCUGUCUUAGUCGGGCAAGAGGAUUCUGAACUUAUGAAGGAUGAAAGAAAGUGCGAUACACUGAAAGACGAAUGUUUUGCGUUCGAUAUCAUUGAUGAUACAAUGUGCAACAUAUCAGAACAAACCAUCGAACUUUUGGAUACUGAUCUUGCAGUAAUAAAUGGUGAUUUCAUUACAGAAGAAUUUGUAAAUGUAAACGCGAUGUCAAACUCUUCAAAAGAGAAUGAGGAGGCCUUGAAUCAAAAACAACAAGGACUGAAGAUCUCUGGUGAGAAGCUGGCAAGAAACAGAGCUGGAGCUAAACUCAACAGGAGCAUCCAGCUGAAGAACAAAGGGAAACAAGAUGGGAAGCUCACUAGCUCAAGCUGGAAGUGAUGGUGUCCCUAAAGAUGCAAGCUUUAAGAUGCAAGCUUUAAGUCAGGAGCAACAUAGUGGAGGACUCCCAGGUUCCAGAACCAGUUACUUUUCGCUGCCAGAAAGUAUUUGUAGGCUUUGUGUCUGGUUAGAGAUUUUGGAGUGUUUAGUCGCAGGGAAUUUACAGAAAGGACAUUGAUCUGCUUCGUUUUGUAUUUUCAGCUUUCUUUUUUAUUAUGUAAUUUGAUUGAAGAAUUUCUUGUGCCUCAUUAAAGAAGAUGAUUGAAGGAAU